GUGACAAAGCUUAUCAUCAACGAAGAAAGGAAUGAGUUUCAAGAAUUCAAAAAUCUGUUUGAUGAGCAAGCAGAGGACAAAGGAACUCUCACGUUUCUUGGAACCCAGUCAAUCAAAAAUGGCCAUGACAACAUUUUGGGUGGAAAUGAAGGAAUAUACUGGGUGCUGGCAGUAGAUUGUCUCAAUAGACAGUUUUAGGGAGUGGUGCUACUUAGGUUGCACGUCAUGCAAGAAAAAGGUGGUCCCUCAGGAAAACAGAUUUAGAUGUGCAUCAUGCAACAUCACUCUAGCAGAAGGUGUUCUAAGAUACAAAGUGAGCAUCUAUGUUAUGGAUGAUAUUGGUCAUGCCUCAUUCACUCUAUGGGACAGAGAGUGCUCUGAAAUUAUGGGGAAGUCAGCAGCGAGAUUGAGGAGGGAAGUCAUGGAGAAAACGGGAGAUCCUAACCAUUUUCCUGAAGAGAUUGAGGCUUUUACUGAGAAAAAAGGUUUGUUCAAAGUCCAAGUCAAAAAAAGCCAGAAGGAUGCUCUUAUAAGGGAACGAGUUCAUUUGGGGUGUUGUCUAUGUUCAGAGACCCGGCUAUUUUGGCAAUGUACAAGUCAAAAGAAGGAGAAACUGUGGAAUUUGACGAGCUAGAGGACAAGGAAAUGAGUGGUUCAGUGAACAACGCAGAGCUGAUCGUACAUAGCAAAGAAGGUGAAGCCGACGGAAAGGCUAAGGUCAAUGAAGGUGUAGAAGAGGACACUCCUCAGACUUCAGCAAAGAAAACAGUGAUUGCAUUGGACGACUCAAUGAAACGAAAAUUGGAGGACGAGUUUUCAGCAACUAAGAAUGGAAAAAGAAUGAGGGUUAAGGUUAAGAAGGAAAAGGAUUAGGACUUACUGCAGGGCUGUUUGGGAUGGAGAUGAUUCUUCAAGAUGUUUGGUGAAAGCUUAAUCAUAAGCAGAGUCAAGGGUGGUUAUUUUGUUUGACUAACAUCUAUGUCAAAAGCAAACUUUUCUUUUCAGCUUUUUUGGGAAUGCGUGUGAACUUAAUGAGCAUUUAAG